UGGUCCUGGUUGCGGUACAAGCAGUAAAGCUCACUUAUCUGCAGCCACAGGAUGGCUAGGCACGGGGACACUCGCUCACCAUCACCUGUAGGCAGUUCUUAUUCCUCGUCAAGACGCAGUCGAAAAGAUGAGGAUCGCUAUGAGAGAAGUCGCCGGGAGGAUGACCGAGGUCAUCGGCGGAGAUAUUCCAGAUCUCGGAGUCCUGAUCGACGGUAUCGAGACCGCGACAGAGACCGAGACCGAGACCGCCGUGAUCGUGAUCGGGAUGGGUACCGGAGGCGAGAUCGCUCCAUAGAUCGCCGAUACGACAGUCGAAGAGACGAUGAUCGUUACUAUUCGAGACGGGAUAGAUCAAGAGACCGAAGGCGCUCACGAGACCGCGAUGACCGACGACUGAGUAGAGAUAGGGAUACGAGAUCCAGGCGUGACGAUCCGCGUGAGCGAGACCGUCGUACAAGGGAUGAUUCGACUGAAUCACGAAAGAGAAAGCGAGACGACAGCCGUGAUCGUGGUUCUAGACGAGGAUCGGUUGAUCCUGUCAAUGAGACUUCGAAGCCUUCAACUCCUACCCCCCUCACUGCCGAACAGCAAAAGGCGGCAAGGCUUGCCAAGCUUGAGCAAUGGAAGAAAAAGCAAGCCGAAGAACAAGCCAGAAAACAAAAGGAACUCGAGGCAGCAGGCGGAGCACGGAACAUCUUGAAUGAGAUUGAUAGACGAGCGGGAAUAUCGCCAUCUGUAAGCUCACCGCAAUCUCCUGCCGUUCCUGCUCGCGAUUCUCCUGCUCCAGCACCCGCAUCAGCGUCGGCAACAGAUUCGGCAGCGCCAGCGCCCGCCCCAACGACGGCGACAACUUCCACCCCCUAUACUGGAAAAUUUGAUCCCAAAGCCAUCGCAAAAAAGGCACAGCAUGCUUCGGCACCCGUUAAAGUGCUUGGCGGCGACGUUGCUGCGCCAGUUCCAACAAAUGGCAGUGUGUCGAGUAAAGAGUCACACCUGCCAAAUUCCGGUACCAAUGGCCUGUCAACCACGACAUCUCUUAAAGCCAAGGGUCAUUUGGGAAAGAUCGGCCUCGGGAGCAAGGCAACCAGUGAUACCGAUUUGGUGAAACCGGGCCUGGAUUUCGAGGACGAUGAGCGAACCAAGAAGAAACUUGAAAAGCUCCCAGAUAUGCCGUUGGAAGCGAACGGUGAUUCAGCUCUUGCCCACUCGACAGAGGCUGAAGGUGGUGACGAUGAUGAUGGGGAUGUCGACAUGCAUGGAGAUGGCACAGAAGAGGAAGCAAUGGCCGCCGCGCGAGAGGCGGCUGAGCAACGAAGGCAAGCAGAACAAAACGGGGACAUCGCAAUGGCGGAUGCUCCAGCACCGGCACCGAGCACCGCCCCUGCAGCUGGCCAGGCAGAAAAUGAAGAUGUAGAUCCUUUGGAUGCUUUCAUGCAAGAGCUGCAACCUGAGCGCGACACAAAGUCCUUCGGCCAGAAAUCAAAAGCGAAAUCACGCCAGCAAGAGCCUGAGGCACUCUUUUCCGACGACGAUGUUGACUUCACGGCAGUUGACGAUGACAACCCUGAUAACAUUCUAUCACUAGCAUCUGCCAAUGCCAAGAAAAAGAAGAAGGAUAUCCCGACUGUGAACCACGCGAAAAUGCAAUACGAGCCGUUUCGGCGCAAUUUCUACUCCGAGCCUAUUGAGAUGGCGGAGUGGACUGAAGAGGACGUGGCAGCUUUGCGCAUGGAACUUGACAAUAUCAAAGUGCGAGGUGUUAACGUGCCAAAGCCUGUCCAGAAAUGGGCUCAAUGCGGUCUGGGUGUUCAGGUCUUGGAGGUCAUUCAAAGACUGGGAUAUGAAGCUCCGACGAGUAUACAGGCGCAGGCUAUUCCUGCAAUUAUGUCUGGCCGAGAUGUCAUCGGCGUCGCCAAAACCGGUUCCGGAAAAACCAUUGCGUUUUUGCUUCCCAUGUUUCGGCAUAUCAAGGAUCAGCGACCUCUUGAUCCGCUUGAUGGACCAAUUGGACUAGUCCUGAGUCCGACUCGAGAGCUGGCCACGCAAAUCCAUAAAGAAUGCAAGCCUUUCCUGAAAGCUCUCAACUUGCGGGCAGUUUGUGCUUACGGAGGCGCGCCCAUCAAAGAUCAGAUCGCCGAUCUCAAGCGAGGAGCAGAGAUCGUGGUUUGUACGCCUGGUCGUAUGAUUGAUUUGCUCGCCGCCAACGGUGGGCGGGUGACGAACUUGAGGCGAGUGACAUAUGUCGUGCUUGACGAGGCUGAUCGAAUGUUCGAUAUGGGCUUCGAACCACAAGUAAUGAAGAUUUUGUCAAACAUCCGACCUGACCGUCAGACCGUGCUGUUUUCGGCAACCUUCCCUCGUCAGAUGGAAGCAUUGGCCAGGAAAACAUUGAGCAAACCCAUUGAGAUUGUUGUUGGUGGUCGCAGUGUUGUCGCUCCCGAGAUCACACAAAUUGUUGAGGUACGGGAGGAGAGCACGAAAUUCGUCCGCCUUCUUGAACUCUUGGGAAAGCUCUAUGAGGAUGACAAGAACGAAGAUGAUCGCGUCCUUAUCUUCGUGGAUCGUCAAGAGUCCGCCGAUGGCUUGUUGAGGGAUUUGAUGAAGAGAGGAUAUCCGUGUAUGUCAAUUCAUGGCGGGAAGGAUCAGAUCGACAGAGACUCGACCAUUGCUGAUUUCAAGGCCGGGGUAAUCCCCAUUCUAAUUGCCACUUCUGUUGCUGCCCGUGGUCUGGAUGUUAAACAGCUCAAGCUGGUGGUCAAUUAUGAUGCGCCCAAUCAUCUGGAGGACUACGUACACCGAGCCGGUCGUACAGGAAGAGCAGGAAAUACAGGUACCGCCGUGACGUUUCUGACUGAAGAGCAGGAUCGAUAUGCCGUUGACAUUGCGAAGGCUCUGAAGCAGAGUGGUCAACCUGUUCCCGAACCCGUCCAGAAACUCGUCGAUUCGUUCAUGGAGAAAGUCAAGGCUGGAAAGGAGAAAGCCGCUGCAUCUGGCUUUGGCGGGAAAGGUCUUGAGCGACUGGAUCAAGAACGUGAUGCCGCCAAGGCUCGAGAGCGCAAGACUUUCAAAACCGGCGAUGAGGGCGAUGAGGAAGAAGAAAAGGAAGAAGGAAAAGACGUCAAGGUUGGCGACGACUUGUUUGCCAAGGCAGCCUCGAGUGUCAAGGCGGCAUCCGAUGCCACUCCUUCCAGCACUGCUCUCCCUGGUGUGCCCAAAGGAAUUGAUCUCGACGGCAAAAUUACAGUUCACAGAACUGAGAGGGAGCCAGCAGCUUCUGGCCUGCAAAGUCAAAUGGACAAAGUCGCCGCUGCUGUGGGUGCUAUCAACCAGAAACUCUCCAAGGCCGGGAUCAUGCGCUCUGGUGUGCCGAUCGACAACAAAGGUCCAGAUGCCGGCGCAUUCCACGCGACCCUGGAGAUCAACGACUUUCCCCAAAAGGCGAGAUGGGCCGUCACCAACCGGACCAACGUUGCCAAGAUCCUCGAAGCAACAGGCACAUCCAUCACCACCAAGGGCUCUUUCUAUCCGGCUGGCAAGGAGCCUGGGCCGGGCGAGAAUCCGAAGCUGUAUAUCCUCGUCGAGGGGGACACGGAAGUCGUUGUGCGCGAUGCCAUGAGGGAGUUGAUGCGCCUGCUAAAGGAGGGCACUAUGAGCGCCGCCGAUGCUGCCGAACGGACAGGAGGGCGAUAUUCUGUGGUCUAG